CCUGUGACCUACUUGCCCCAGCAUCCUCACUAACUCACCUGCUGGAGCUAACGUGGCGCCAUAUGCUGCGUGGUCUGUUGUCAACGGGAUUAACUCAAGUCUGCCGAAACGUCGUAGUAACGUGUAGUGAAACGCUCGCGUGUUUAAUGUAACAACCGGCAUUGUUUCACCGCCUUUAAUGCUUCUACUGUAACCAACGUUCUUGUCAUAAACCCUGUGUAAUAUUGGUGAGAUCAGAUAUGAAUAUAGGUUAAUCUUCACUCUGUUCUCCAGCACUAAGUCAAUAAAAUGUGUGUUUCCACUGAUAAAACCACAAUAGAGUGGGAUCUGGGUUCACAGGACCAGGAGUGAAGGAGGGAAGUGUCAAUGCCCGUCCCACCCGUCGUCUUCAUGUGCUGUGAUAGAGGGUCCAGUGCAGCAGAACGACUGUAGCUCGUUGCCAUGGAGGACGUUCAAGCCAAGCCUGCUGCACCAGAGCCGAGCCCUGCUCCCAGUCCGGCUCCCAGUCCGGCUCCCAGUCCGGCUCCCAGCCCGCUGCCGGACCGGAUCGCUUUGCCUGCAGCGAACCACGUGGAGCACCUGAACGUGAACCAGAUCCAGGUGGUGGUGCGACGCUGCUCGAGUCCAAACGUUACGGAGGAGACCACCUACUUCAUCCCUCGAAACCCCGUGGUGGACACCGGCACCAACACUGACCCGCCGGUGGUCUGCUGCCCCUUGCUGCGCCGAGUUUGCCCAUGUCCACCUAGAGGUCUCCUGGCCUCUCUCAUUACCAAAGUCCUUUUGGCAGCUGUCCUCUUCGGAGUGGUGUGGUCUAUCACAGAGAAGGAGUGUCUUCCCGGUGGAAACCUGUUUGGCAUCACAAUGCUUUUCAUCUGUGCAGUUAUUGGUGGCAAAUUGGUGGCUCUCAUCCAUAUACCCAAGCUUCCACCAUUCCCACCUCUCCUUGGAAUGCUGCUGAUGGGUUUCCUGCUGAGGAACAUCCCUGUGGUAACCGAUGGGGUGUACAUUGACUUCAGGUGGUCUUCUUCACUGAGAAACGUAGCCCUGGCCGUCAUCCUGGCCAGAGCCGGUCUAGGGUUGGAUCCCACGGCUCUGAAGAAAGUGAAGACGGUGUGUUUACGCGUGGCAGCUGGGCCCUGCCUUACAGAGGCUUGUACCACAGCACUGGUGUCCCACUUCCUUUUGGGCUUGCCCUGGAUCUGGGGCUUCAUCCUUGGCUUUGUUCUGGGUGCUGUGUCUCCAGCUGUGGUGGUGCCUUCCAUGCUGCUGCUGCAGAAGGACGGUUAUGGGGUGGAGCAGGGCAUCCCCACGCUGCUCAUGGCUGCAGGCAGCUUUGAUGACAUUCUUGCCAUCACUGGGUUCACCACUUGCUUGGGGAUGGCUUUCGCCACAGGCUCCACUUGGUACAACCUCCUCAGAGGUGUCCUGGAGGUGGCCGGUGGGAUGGCGGCUGGGAUUCUCCUUGGCUUCCUAAUCCAAUAUUUUCCUAGCGUUGACCAGAAAUACAUGACCCUGAAGCGUUCCUUCCUGGUGCUGGGCCUCUCGGUCUUUGCUGUGUUCGGCAGCGGUGUGGCCGGCUUCCCUGGUUCUGGAGGUCUCUGCACGUUGGUGCUGGCGUUCCUGGCUGGGCUUGGCUGGGGGAAGGAAAAGGCACGUGUGGAGGAAGUAGUCGGGUGGGCGUGGGACGUGUUUCAACCUCUUCUCUUUGGACUUAUCGGAGCCGAGAUACGGGUCUCUGAACUGGAGGGACACACAGUCGGUUUGGGAAUUGCUUCUCUGCUCAUUGCUCUAUUGGUACGACUGCUUUUUACCUAUGUGUGUGUUUUGUGUGCGGGCUUUAACUUCAGGGAGAAGGUCUUCAUAGCCCUAGCGUGGAUGCCUAAGGCCACAGUCCAGGCAGCUAUUGGCUCCACAGCUUUGGACAUGGCCAGGACCAAGGACGACAAGGAGCUGCAGAAGUACGGCAUGGAUGUGUUGACAGUGGCCGUGUUGUCCAUCCUUCUCACAGCCCCUGUAGGGGCUCUUAUCAUUGGGCUUUUAGGACCUCGCCUGCUGCAGAGACCAAAGAACUUAGCCUGUGGAACUGAGGCAGGAGGUGAAGAUGACGAGACGCCUGUAACGUAUGAGAGUACACUUUGACAUCGUCUGUGUUGACCCAGCAAAGCAAAGACAUUUAAGGCACUUCCAGUGUGCUUUUACACCUUUUGAGCCCCCCCUUGGCCACCAAGUGGCUCUGUUUUGUCUCUCUGUCUGCUGGUCAGCUCCUGCUUUCCACGCUUCUUGAACACAUGAAUCACUCUAUAUUUAUAGCGUCUGGUGGUUUCCAGUCCAUGGUCUCCAAACAAAUGCCCCAUAAUCCAGUGUAUGCACUGUCCAGCUGUAUCAGCAACUUAUAUCAUUUCUUAUAUCAAAACCCAAAUUCACUAUUGAUCUGCUCUUCACUGAAUUUUAAUUUUGAAAAUGUGAUAAAGCUGCAGUAGAAUUGAAUGUACUUACAGUAGUAAUUUUGUCUUGUUUUAUAUUAGACUACUCAGUUCACACUGAUUUAAGUCUUUGUGUUUAACGCUCAGUAUUUCUAAGUGUAUCUAUGUUUAUCAAAAUGUGUUAUCAGCUGUGUUUGAGAAGGGCGUGUGUAGUUUACUGACUGAGGAAAACAAGCAAGUAAUCCACAGUCCUCUGCUUUACAUACAAUGCUGCUAAAGCUGUUUUCAUGUAUUAUGUACACUAAGACCUCUGUUAGAUUGAAUUUCAUAUUUAAACAGUUAUUCAAAUCCAGGGUUUUUCGUAUUUUUUUUAUUGCAAGGUUUUAGAUUUUUGUAAUAGUACACAGUGGAUGUUUAAAUUUAUAUGAACAUAUUGAAUAUUUUUUAAAGUAGUAUUAACAAUUAUUUAGCAUUUACAGAAUUGAGCACUAGAUUUUGUACCAAAUAUUCUUUGAACAAUAAAUUAUGAAAUCUA